GCAGACAGUGACUAUAAGUUGUAUUACAAUGGUAAAAAGCUGCUUCAAACUGAUGCUUUGCAUAAAGAUGCUGUUAUUCAUGUUGUUUUAUCGUUGCCUGGUGGUAAAGGGGGAUUUGGAUCUAUGCUUCGAGCCAUUGGAGCACAAAUUGAAAAAACUACAAACAGAGAAGCCUGUCGAGACUUGAGUGGAAGGAGGUUAAGGGACAUUAAUGAGGAAGAAAGAAUAAGAAAAUGGCUGGCAAAAAAAGCUGAAAGAGAAGCAGAAAAAAUGAGGAGAAGAAAGGAGAGAUUAGAGCGCCUAAAGUCUAAACCAAAACACAAUUUUGUGGAUUUUGAAUUUGAGAAAGAGAUUUCACAAUUGCCUGAAAGAAUUGAUGAUGCAUUGACAGAAGGUUUAGAAAAAAGCAGUAAAAAUCCCCCAGAGAAAAGAGCGUUGUCUGAUGCAGCAUGCUCUUCAAAAAAGAAACGUCUUUGGAUUGAGGAUGAAGUUUCAACUGAAUCAAGCUCAAGUGACUCGGAAGUUCAAGAAACUGUUUCUUUAGAUGACAGCGAUACAGUGAGCUCCUUGGAUAGCUCUAAUCAAAACAGUUCUGCAGGUUGUUCUGAAUCCAAAAGCAUGUCUGUUAUUUCGAGUAAAAAGGCUACUGAAGCAAAUAGUAAUCCAUGUAUGAUUGAAAGUAAACGCUCUCAUGGUGAUUCUAAAGAUGGUGAAUGUAGCACUGGAAGCAGCUCUAGUAGUGACGCAACAGGCAGCGAAACAUGUAUUAAGUCUGAAGAACAAUUUGUUGACAGUGAAGAAGGAAAUGAUAAAAGUAUGAAAAUAGAAAUAAAAGAGGGAAAGAUGGAAAUUGAAAUCGAAGUAAAAAGUGAAUCGAAUGAUGCAGCUACAGACCAAAAAACGCUUUGUAAAGAUAAUGAAAUAAAGAAUGAUUCCUCCAUCGAUUUGCUUGAUUUCGAAUGUGCAUCGGAACUGGAAGCCUUAGGAUUAGACCGGCUAAAGUCUGCUUUAAUGGCCAGAGGUUUAAAAUGUGGUGGUACCAUUUCAGAUCGUGCUGACAGACUCUGGAAAGUUCGUGGUUUACAACCUCAUGAAUAUCCUUCAAAUUUAUUGGCGAAAGGCAAAAAAUGAUAUUUUUUAUUGCAUCAUCAAAAUUAUAUUUUCAAUAAAAUACUGU